GUCAGUACUCAGUUGCAAGUUACUCGUUCAUCCUGACAGUCGCUACAGUGGGAUAUCUGACAUCUUCAUAGGAAUCACGGGCUCAAAUGGCUUCACGAUUAGACAAUCAGUUCUACACUGAAGAGUUUGGUGCUACCAAGUUUACAAUCCCUCGGAGAUAUCAAAGUCUGAAAGCCAUUGGCUCCGGAGCCCAGGGAAUCGUCUGUGCCGCCUUGGACACAGUUACAGGACAGCAUGUUGCCAUCAAGAAGUUGAGUAGACCAUUUCAAAAUGACACUCACGCUAAGAGAGCUUAUCGUGAAAUAAAACUAAUGAAAAUGGUUAACCACAAAAAUGUCAUAGGUUUGCUCGAUGCUUUCACGCCGCAAACGUCAUUAAGCGAGUUUUCUGAUGUCUAUUUGAUAAUGGAGUUUAUGGAUGCCAGUCUUUGCCAGGUUAUUCAGAUGGAUUUAGGUCACGAGAGAAUGUCGUACCUGCUUUAUCAGAUGCUUUGCGGAAUCAAACAUCUUCAUCUUGCGGGAAUUAUUCACCGAGAUUUGAAACCCAGCAAUAUCGUCGUGAAAUCAGACUGCACAUUGAAAAUUCUCGACUUCGGAUUGGCAAGAACAGCGGGAACGAAUUUUAUGAUGACCCCUUAUGUCGUUACCCGAUAUUAUCGCGCACCAGAAGUAAUUCUUAGUAUGAGCUACAAAGAAAAUGUUGACUUGUGGUCUGUUGGCUGCAUCAUGGGUGAAAUGAUCCGUGGUAGUUAUCUUUUUCCUGGCACUGAUCAUAUCGAUCAGUGGAACAAGAUUAUCGAAAUACUAGGAACUCCGAAUGCAGAAUUUAUGAAGCGCUUACAGCCUUCUGUCCGCAACUACGUCGAAAACAGGCCCAAAUAUCCGGGCUGCGACUUUGAAAAGCUUUUUCCGGAUGGACUUUUUCCUUCUGAAUCAUCAGAACAGUGUAGAAUCAAAGCUAGCCAAGCACGCGAUCUGCUCCGUAAGAUGCUUGUAGUCGACCCCGAGAAGCGCAUUUCGGUCGAUGAAGCCUUACUGCAUCCGUACAUUAGUGUUUGGUACGAAGAUGGCGAAGUCAAUGCACCCGCCCCUGCUCCGUACGAUCACUCGGUAGAAGAUCGUGAGCACACAGUGGAUCAGUGGAAAGAUCUUAUCUUCAAGGAGCUUAUUGAGUAUGAAACCGCCAACUCAAAUUAUGCACCCGACAUUCACCAGGAUGAAUAAGAUGAUUAAAUUCGUCCUAUUUAUAAAUUAUUUUUCUAUACUAUCAACUUGCUUUUCAUCUUCUGUUCUUAUUGUUGCACCACGGGAAAAAGUGUUUGAUCCUGUUUGAUGAUCCUACUCUUUCUUGCGACUCUUGUUCUAGUCCCCACUGCUUCCUCGUCAACCUUCUAUCUCCCAUCUUAUACUUGUUGUAUGAAAGGAAACUCGCGCUUUUCAUCCAACAUGCUGACUGUUUCCAUAACAUUUUACAUCCUGACAGUCUUUUUCUCGUACCUUGUAAAUAAAUUUACAAAACCACGA